ACCACAGGUGGUGCUUGGGAAACUUCAACUGUGAAUCACGUCUGCGACCAGUUCGGGUGUGGUCGUGGAAAGUGUGCACCGGCGUGAGAAAUCUGCCCAAAAAGUCGAAAAUCCGGUGACCUAAUUUAUGCAGCAGUGUUUUGGCGAAGCUGAGUGAAAAAAAACUUCAAACCUGAGGCAACACAGUUGGGGAGAAAAAGUCACCCUUCCCUUAGUAUUCAUGAUGAAGGGGCGUUACCUCACCGUGGUCAACAAUGCCCUCAUCCCUUGUUUCUUCUUUGUGGACUGCCUCCUGUUGGCCGGCAUCAUCGUCCUGUGGUACUUCAUGGUCUUCUGGGAGGGGGGGGGAUUUCUCCUGAAUCGCCCCUACAUCCCCUGUGUGGACGUACCCCAUUACAGUUACCCAAACCUGGACACCAAGGUGCCCGACCUGGUAGUGUACGUGCUGUGUUUUGCCCUUCCCCCGGUGGUGAUUUUGUUUGGCGAGGCAGCCUUGGCAGUUUUCCAACUUCAAGGACAUGAGAGCCCAGUCUUUGAGAAGACCGUCAUUACUUUCGAUAUCAAGUUUCACCCCAUCGUUAGACGCACCCUUCGAUUUAUCGGAAUUUUUGCUGUGGGUGGUUUCUCAACCUGGAUCCUCACCCGGGCUGCCCAGUUGGUGCUUGGGUACCCAGCCCCGUAUUUCUUCAGUGUGUGUCUGCUGCCCUCUACACAGUGCACCGGCGCAAAUGUUGUGACUCAGCUCCCAGACUGCAGUGGGACUGCCGACGAUUUGGCCAGGCAGUCUUUUCCGUCACUAUUCGCCGCUCUGAGUGCAUACUCUGCCAUCUAUACGGGGGUGUACGUGACCAAGGUCUUUGUCCUGAAGUCGGCCAAGACCUUGCAGCCCUUGAUUGUCCUGGCCUUCCUGGCACUGUCUUUCCUCACUGGCCUGGAGCAGCUGGCCUUCUACAAGGGCAGCUGGUCUGACGUCAUUGCGGGCUGGCUGCUGGGUGGACUCAUUGCUGCUUACUUGAGCGUAUCCAUCCUGAAUUGCUUCCUUGGUCACGUUUUUCACUUCCAACCCCACCUUGUGGGUUUGCCAAGGCAGCACUCAUCAGAGCUAAAUGGCAAAAGUCGCCACUACUCUGAGCGGCCGGCCUACAUCGACAGAAAUAUGGAGAACCCCUAUGCAGUCGCCCGGGCGCAUCGAGCGGCUCAGGCGAAACAGGAGGGGUUCUUCACCUAUGACGGGGUCAGGGGUCGCGUAGCACGAAGGGCCUCUGGCGCCCAUCGGGCUACGAUCCGAACGGUGCCACAAUCCCAGAGCGAGACUGAGGCUGCAGUGGGAACUAACUACUUCUAACGCACCCUCAUUCAUUCCUGUUUGUGCCCAACUGACUAGUCGUCGUUAAAGAGGCCGGUGUCUUAUCGCUAUGCGCCUGACGGUCGCUUGGUGAAGUUGGUGUGAGGUGCAGAUAUGGUGGCCUGGGUUGAUGUACCUGGACAUGAUGGGCUUUUGACAAAAACAAACUUGUAGUAAUUAAAGAAAGAAUUGGUCACAUGACUUAUGCUGGGCUUGAACACGUGGUUUGAACUUAUAGUUAUAUGGUAAACCCACCAAUCAGGAAAUUGACUACAAACGUCACUACAAGAACACACUGCUAUCAAAGUUCUCUCUCAGGACUCUUCAACAGGUUGACUGAAUGACCAAGAUGUGCACACUGUGUUAUUUUCAUGUGACAUGUAUUUUGCAAAGAAUAGGCAAAUGGUACGUGUACAUAAAGACAAACAGUUUGUUUCAUUUCAGUUACCCAUCAGUAAGGAACUUGCAAAAUGUUACAUGUAAAUCAUGAGACGUCUUUAAAAGAGCAACAUUCUUCAAACUUAAUCAUCUGGUCUUUUUGUGAUGUAAUGAAGUAACAAAAAUUUGUACGAGUUUAUAGCCUUUGUAUAAUUCUUUUGGAUUUUUCAGGCAGGAAUAUGUAGCAUGUAAAUAACCCCCAAGGGAGGAUUUAGGCCGACUGAUGAACGAUGAUCAUACUUGAUUAUGGGACCUCUCUUAUGGUACCUCUUUGAUGUGGACGCGACUAGAAUCAUUUCAAACCUAGCGGAUGUUUGGCUCAUUCCAGUGGAUCACCUCGGUUCAGUUAGGAAAACAAGAUGUCACAGUCUUGGAACAAUAGUGUUCUGUUUCGGACAUGUUGAAAACACCAAUUUCGCUAAUGCUCAAGCACGCAUUGGGAAGACAUCACAUGUACCCGAACUUUUUCUGAGACCCAUUCUACUGUACAAUGUUGACUGGUACAUAAAAGAAAUCGUAACACUGACCUCCAUACACAUUACAUGUUAUUACCUGCAUGCAGAAUAACCCCUCAACCGCAGCAGAAAUACGUUGAAAACCUAUGCAAACACGCAGAAGUUUUGUGCACAUUCUGACGAAAUAUAUGGUGUAUUUGUGACCCAACUUUACAAAAUGAGUUACAAGUCACCAGCCCAAUUUUUUAGUUGAAGGCCUUCAAGAAAAUAUUUGCACUGUGUAAAUGAAUGGGAACCCUCGAUAUUAUUCACCCUUUCAUCGUCCAUUGUCAUCAAGAUGCUAAAGUGGGUGAUACAUCAAAACAAACAACCGAGUUUGCUCUUACUCAUGCAAACUAAAACAGAAUCACCAAACCUUAAGACUCAUUUUGAGAAAUCCAGUCUCAUUUGUAGCUUUCAUUAGUGGUUACAUUUAAUUUGUACAUAAGCCAUUUAUUUAAAAACAAACUUUUCUACAGCACUUCAAGAACACAAUUAUAUUCAACGGGUGACCGUUUCAUGGACUUCUUAAACAUUUUGUAGGAAUGUGUGUUUUAAUUUUGGCAUGGCUAUUUAUCAUUUUGAGAUUAAAAAUUAAAUUCUUAAGUGUUUAAA